GAACCGGUGAAAACCGGUAUCAUUCUUUUUGGCGCCCCGCAUACGCCAUUCUCCUUCAUUGAAGAAAGUCGUCGUCACGUUGCAGUGCAACUUCAAGUCAACUCUUUUGAAGAAACGUACAGGAAACCUUGAAAUCAAAGAACAUGGCACCUAUGUCCAUCUUUGUCGGAGGGUUGGGAGAAGAUACCCAAAAGGAAGAUUUGGAACGUGAGUUCAGCCGCUUUGGAAACCUCACCAAGGUCUGGGUAGCUCGCAAUCCCCCCGGAUUCGCUUUCAUCGACUUUGAAAAUGACGAUGAUGCUAAUGAAGCCAUUAAGGAAAUGAAUGGCGCCACAAUUAAUGGUCAGGAGAUCCGUGUCGAUGUCUCACGCAGCGGUGGACGCCGUGGUGGAAGAGGUGGUCGUGGUGGCGGCCGAUUCCGUGGAAAUCGUGAUGGCGGCUAUUCCCGUGGAGGACGAAGCAGUUAUGGCGGCAGCGGAGGUGGCUAUGGCGGUGGACGAGGAGGCGGACGCGGCUUUUCUCGCGGUGGUGGACGAGGAGGGCCACGUUAUGGAGGAAACGACUAUGGCUCCAGCGGUGGUGGAUACAGAAGCAGAUCACCCAUGGGUGGUGAUAGCAGCUGGUAAUUUCCUCGAGCCUCGCAACAAUGCUGAUUUACCAUCAAUAUUACGUGGCACGUGAAGUACUUUUCCAGAUAAUCUCAUCCUUCGUGAAUACAUGAAACAGGUGUUUUAGAAGUUCAUUGAUUUCAAUGUUUUCACUGUAAUAUAAUCAUCGUUUUCUUCAUUUGUUGCACUGUUUUUGUAUUCAUCAGAAUAAAAUAACUAAUCCAACCUGA